UUUUUUUUUUUCUUCUUUUUAUUUAUUUAUUUAAUUAUUUUUUGCCUUCUCCAGAUGACCUAAUAAUUCCAAGUAAAACUUAUAUAGCUGCCCCCUUAUAAUUUUUUAUUGUCAUUUAAUAAGUGGUUGGAUAAACUGGAAGAGUCUCCAAUUUUCCUGUUCUUGAAGGGCUCCAAUGGCUGCUAUUUCAGCUAGCUGUAUUAGAUUUGGGACUUUUUCAGCUGCCAGGGCUGAUAAUUACCAGAUAAUCGUUAAAACUCCGACCUUGGGCUGGGCAAGGACUGGAAACUUUCCUUACAUCAGAAAAUCACGGCUCCAAAUUUGCGCUGCGAAGCCAGAGACAGUGGAGAAAGUGAGUAACAUUGUGAGAAAGCAGUUGGCCAUAUCACAAGAGACUCAACUCACACCUCAGACUACCUUCUCGGAGCUUGGUGCCGAUUCUCUUGACACUGUGGAAAUAGUUAUGGGGCUAGAGGAAGAGUUUGACAUAAAUGUGGAAGAAGAAAACUCGGACAACAUAACAACGAUACAGGAAGCAGCCGAUUUGAUCGAUAAACUUGUCGAGAAGAAAUGACGAUCUCACGAGUGGCCGAGAAAGACUAGGAAAGGAUUUUUCUAGUGAUUUUUAGAGCACGAGUUGUUUUUUCGAAUUCAACAGGCCUGUUUUUUUUNCAAAAACAUUUGAGACUUGGAUGUUACGCACUUUUUUUUUUCUUUUUUACUUGCAAAGGGAUUUUUUACUCAUGUUAUCAUGUUGAUUUUGUUUUGGUCACGCUAUGUAUUUGAGUGGUCUUUAUAUAAUGCUAAUGUAUAUCACGUGCGAUGUAAGGAGGAGUUCAUAUUUUAAACCU